CGUACAUACACUCACCUGUCAAACCUGUCCUGUACCUAAAAGGGCAGGCUACUCAUGUUUCCCAUUGCGGUGAAAGAGGAUGAGACCUGAUAGACACCUGAAUCUCAUAUCGUCCUCUCCAUUCCUCACAGUCUCACUGGCCGCCAGGAACUCUACGUUUUGCUUGGAAGCCCUGGUAAUGCCCGUAUCCGUCAAGCCUCUCGUCAAACCCCUGCUUCUCGGCGUUUACAGGCGAUAUUCAGUUGGAGUUCAACGCCCAAAAUUUCCGGGUGUCGCGGAGACGUCUGAGAGACAAGGGGAAAUGUACGGGUCUGUGAUGAAUCCGUCAGAGCAAAAUGGGCCAAGAUAAUCAGGAACUCAAAAGUCGGCGGCCGCGCGUUGCAUUCGAUUUAUUAUUACGGACCUAGCUAUUGGGUUUCAUUGACUACCUAAACAAGGUACUAAUCUAUUGGAUCCAAUACUAAUAUUGGAUCUUUACUCAUCAUCAACACUGCCUGCCUACCAUCCAAUAUAGUUAUACGGGCUUGUUUCACCAACCACAGCCACGGCUUGAGCUGCACCCAUCCAACACUCAUCGCUCAUUGCUUUGUUCCCGCUGACUUGUUGUCCAAAUUUCACUCUUCUUCCUUUUCUUCUUCCUCCCACCAUUGGAAACUAGGUGCUAAAAGACAAAGCAUGGGUCUGUUUGGCUGACUUCGCCGAGCUGAACUGGGCUUGUCUGCUGCUGGCGUCAACUCCCGUUCGGAUCAUGCUGACUUUGGAUCAUGUCCAUCAUGCUUGACUAACAAAAGACGUUUAAAACUCUGAUUCAAUAUCUUUCCUUCCUCCGAACAAUUGUUCAAAAGUUGCAGAAUCAUUAUCUCCCUUACCUAUCUCGACAAGUGUCUCGUGACUUGCACGAGAUCGCCUCCCUGAAUCCUUACCUAGUAACUUCCCUAGAAAUGGCUCCCUGGCCGAAUCGUCGUGGGUCGCAACCCAACAACAACUCUGACGGUGACCUCAUCAGUCGAAUUCACAAUACGGCCUUACACACGCCUACCACAUUGCCUGCGCUUUACUCGACGAAUCUGCCAAACACAUCGAACGGGAAUCGCCUCGAGUUAUCCUUCUCCAAUGCAAAUGCCGAUUCCAGCUCCGACGAGUCUGAUUUGCAUCCCUCGCGGCCUCAAUCUUCCAAACCUCGUCGGCCAAAGCACACGCGCUCUAUGAGCCAGCCUUUUCCUUCUCUUUUCAGCAGCAAGAAAAGGAGGCAGAACUCAGUCGGCGCACCACCGCCUGACCUGGGGUUUGCAGAGGAUGACUCGGCAAUGCCUCGACAAGCACCAAAGACCCACGCUCGAAUCCCUUCUCAUACUCGAAGCGGCCCUGUAGGAAGUAAGGAUUUUACGACUGGCAACUGCAUGACAUGUGGCUCGUUAGUACGGUGGCCGCGGGAGCUCAAGGUGUUCAAAUGCACGAUCUGUACCACAGUCAACGAUUUGGAGCCUCGGAGUGCAGAUCAUGAUGGUUCCAAGUCACGUAGAGAUACAAGCCAGGAUCCUUCCCGGUCUGUCCCAACUCGAGGUCCGCAUAUCUCGGUCGAACAGACAAACCGACUGGUUCAGCAAUCGAUACAAUCCUUCCUUUCUAAGAAGUUACAUCCAAUUCCUGAACCUCCUACCGAGGCGCCGCCACAACCGCCGUCGCAGAGCAAAUUGUCAUUCAGCAGCCGAAUGCAGGCUGCUGGCCAAAGCCUUGCGCCGGUCGAUUCUAGACAGGAAAAAGCGCCUUCAUCCAAAUCGCCUGCUAUACAGGUUUCCCAUUAUGUGUUCGAUGAGGAACCGACGCUACGGUCGAGUCCCGCCCGACCGAACCCUACGCCAAUGCGAUCCUUCUCUUCCUCUUACACCGAAAGACCUCCAGUACGUAACAUAUUGCAAGAGCGCGGACCAAAAGAGCAACGUAAAUCGCCGGAUCAAUCUGAGGGCGACCCGAAAAGGAUAUUCAAGGCUCUGGAAGACUACAUCGUCGCCUGCUUUGGCUCAUUCGAAUGUAUUAACUCAUCAUUCCUGACACAUAACCACCGCCUGCCCAUUAGAUGUAGAAGCGAAUCGACUCGUCGCAAGCCAAUGCUACCUAGUGAACCUCGUGAACAGAGAGGGCAUCGUCGCGAGCCUUCAGGAACUUAUGCUACACGUGAGCCACGAGAGGAGCGGUUUACACCGCAAUUCGAUGAUGGAUCAUGCGACCUCGAUCCAAAGUUACUACUUUUAGGUGACUUUGCUGAGAACGGGACAUGGUGGAUGGGCGACCAAGAAGACGCUCGGCCUCGACGGCCGUCAACAAACCGUGUAGAGCGAAGUUUCUCAAGCGCGCCAGUCAACACGAAGACACCACAGAUGAGCUGGGGCGAUCUCAUCAAAUGGUACAACUCUAUUGUGAAUCCUGCCGAGGGAUGGUUUGCGAUUUACGAGGAGAUGUGUCAAGGAAAAAGCUUCUUAACCCCUUCUCAGCGAGAAUUACAAUCAAUGGAGCGGGAACUACUGCAGGGCCAAGAACAUGCUCGACGAGUUCUCCUUAAAGCAACUGAAAUGCUUUUAAAAAGACCUGGAAGGCCAUUGAAGGAUCCAGCAGACUUGAGGUUUCUCCUAAUCAUCCUAGAAAACCCAUUACUACACGAACAUGAAACGUUGUUUCGGGGAAUUCUACAAUUCGACAAAAAUUUGCCCUCUGCUCCGAGGCUGAUACAGCAGAGAAAAGCUAGCACCCCUGAAUCUGGACCUUUGUCUGGACAACACUCGGGCAUCAUCAAGCGCAUAGUGGGCUUAGUAUCAAACUCGUCGGCUGAAUGCCAUAAUCAGUUGAUCACCUGGUUUUCAAGACAUCACCCAUCUCGUUUCAUUCGUACCAAAGAGUUGGCGUCUGGUUUCCUAACAUAUCGGAUGAUUCGACAGAGUGGAAAGAAGCAAGAGGUGAAAGUUGAUAUCACAGCUGGCCUGAUACCGCAAAUGCAAGAAGGGCGCUCAGGAGCUUAUCUUUACGAUGAGAUAAACCGUGCAAACUCGUCGAAGAAGGCCAAGGAGCCUGAAAAGAAAAUCAUGUAUGCCGAAGAUUGGCAGAUCAGAGCUUCUUCGCGAGUCUUGGCGCUCCUCUUCGCUGCCAAUAGCUUGCCACACAGCCGGAGAACUGAAGAAUUCUCUCCGGGCUCUGCAGAGGGUCGUUCUAACGUUCAUUCUCACGGACAAAUUCUACCAACGAGCGACUUCUACAAUUCAAUGAUCGACUACACUGACUUGGUUGCGGACUUUGAGAAUUGGGAAGCUCGUAGAAGCAAGUUCACGUUCUGCCAGUACCCAUUCCUUUUGAGCAUAUGGGCCAAGAACCAUAUUCUUGAGCACGAUGCUCGUCGCCAGAUGCAGAGCAAAGCCCGUGACGCCUUUUUUGAUAGUAUCAUGAGUCGCAAGGCUAUCAACCAGUUCCUAGAAUUAAAUGUUCGCCGAGAUUGUCUGGUGGAUGAUAGUCUAAAAGCUGUCAGCGAGGUGAUUGGAAGUGGGAGUGAGGAUAUCAAAAAGGGUCUUCGUAUCACCUUUAGUGGUGAGGAGGGAGUAGAUGCUGGUGGUCUACGGAAAGAGUGGUUUUUACUCCUGGCCAGAGAAGUUUUCAAUCCCGACCAUGGUAAGCUGAGUCGCCCAACAGAAACAGGGGCCCUGCUGACUCUGGAUAGGCCUUUUCCUUUAUGACGAGGAUUCUCAGUUUUGUUAUUUCAACCCGAACGCUUUUGAAACCUCCGAUCAGUUCUUCUUGGUCGGAGUCGUGAUGGGUCUUGCUAUAUACAACUCGACUAUUCUGGAUGUGGCCCUCCCUCCUUUUGCAUUUCGGAAACUUAUUGCAUCUGCCCCAACACACGGCACAGGGGCAUCAGCUCAUCCGAAGCCUCCUAUGCGUUACACCCUUGAAGACUUGGCAGAGUACCGACCUCGACUAGCUCGAGGAUUACGACAGUUGCUAGAAUAUGAAGGCAAUGUGGAAGAAACCUUCUGUCUCGAUUUCGUUAUUGACAUGGAUAAGUACGGUACUCAGGUGCAGGUUCCCCUUUGCCCUGGAGGCGAACGCAUCCCUGUCACUAACAGCAACCGUCGAGAAUACGUGGACCUUUACGUGCGGCACAUAAUCGAUGUGUCUGUAACGAGGCAGUUUGAGCCUUUCAAACGAGGUUUCUACACUGUAUGUGGAGGUAAUGCUCUGUCUCUCUUUAGGCCAGAAGAGAUUGAACUCCUGGUCCGAGGCUCUGAUGAAGAGCUCGACAUCAACUCGCUAAGGGGAGUCGCUGAAUAUGACAACUGGGGAACCAAGAAGCCAGAUGGUUCUGAACCCGUUAUUGACUGGUUCUGGGAGACGUUUCAGGCGGCGUCAUCUCAAGAUCAACGGAAACUACUCCUGUUCAUCACUGGUAGCGAUCGAAUUCCUGCUAUGGGCGCGGCUGUACUGCCGAUUAAGAUAUCCUGCCUCGGUGAAGAUGAAGGCAGGUUCCCCAUUGCUCGAACGUGCUUUAACAUGCUAUCCCUGUCACGAUACAAUUCAAAGGAAAGAUUAGAGAAGUUGCUGUGGACUGCUGUUCAUGAAAGCGAGGGCUUUGGGAUAAAAUAAAUGGUACAGUUGAUGAAAUUACGAAUAAGCAUUCAUUUCAUUUACGGAGUUUUGAUAGGUAGUUGAAGGGGUUUCGGGAGUUUAAAUAUGUAUACAGAACCUGUCAAGGUGCAAUUAGAAACUGAAUUUGUUUGUCUAUAGAAAAUUCUACGGGAGAAUUGUAGUUUUUCAACAUUGAAACGUACGAUGUACGUGUACGGCAGCCCAGC